AUAAUGAGCCAGGGGAAAUCUAUUCUUUGUGUGGGAAACACUGUGAUCGAUUUUGUGACUAUAUCUCAAAGCUAUCCCAAAGAGGACACCGAUCGUCGCUGCCUGGAUGGAUUCUGGCAGCGAGGAGGAAAUGCCUCCAAUGUGUGCACGGUUUUAAGGGCUCUCGGGUCUAAAGUGGACUUUUUUGGAAUGUUGAGCAAGUCGGUGGCAUUUCGGGCAUUGAUAGAGGACCUUCGGAAAAGAGAAAUCGGCACGAACCACUGCCCAGAAACAGAAAAAGAUCCUCCCUUCUCUUCAAUAAUUCUAGCCCAGGACUCUGGCACUCGUACCAUAAUACACUGCAACAAAAACUACCCAGAGCCCACUUUUGAGGACUUUAGCAAAAUCGAUCUCUCCCAGUACGGGUGGGUGCACUUUGAAGCCCGCAAUCCGAAGGAGGUUUCCAAAAUGAUCCAGAGCAUACGGGAACACAACAAGAAAACCAGUCAGAAGAUCACCAUAUCCCUGGAUUUCGAGACGAGAUACGACCAGAACCUAGAACUAUGUCAGCCCUGCGAUAUUGUGGUCUUCUCCAAGGAGUUGGCUGCCCAGAAGGGGUGGGAAUCCGCUCGGGAAACGGUGGAAGGACUCGCUGCCGAUAUUUCCGGAAAUGGUGAGAAGCCCGUGAUCAUAUGCCCCUGGGGAAGUCAGGGAGCGGUGUGCCUGGAUGCCACUGGGGACUUUCACAAUAUAGCAGCCUAUAAGCCCGAAAAGAUAGUGGACACACUGGGUGCUGGAGACACCUUUAUGGCAGGACUCAUCUACGCCUCGUUUGUGGACCAACGGUGUCUUACGGAUGCCAUGGAUUUUGCCAACUGGGUGGCUGGCCACAAAAUCUCCGAUUAUGGGUAUGAUCAUAUUACAAAAAUUAUUGAAACUUCAAGCAGAAAACUUCCGACGAAUUUAUAAGAAAAGCAAUAUUAGAAUAAUAAAAAAACCUCCAUGUAAUCCUUCAAAAACUCUGGAGCAUAAGAAGAUUUUGGAAAUAAACAGCGCUUAUGUAUUCUUACAAAUUUUAUAAACUUGUCAAAUUCAUUAUGAAUAUAUUAUAAUUAUUUCGUGAUUA